AUGCAGAACCUCAACGACCGUCUGGCUGCGUAUCUGGACAAGGUGAGGUCUCUGGAGGACGCCAACACCGAGCUGGAGCGCAAAAUCCGUGAGUGGUACGAGAAGAGUGGCCCUGGCACUGGCACCCCUGGAUCUGGGAACGACUACAGUAAAUUCUAUCCUCUCAUUGAAGAUCUUCGAAACAAGAUCAUCAACGCUACCAUCGACAACGCGAGGAUCAUUCUGCAGGUCGAUAAUGCCAGGCUGGCUGCUGAUGACUUCAGGCUGAAAUAUGAGAAUGAAGUGGCUCUUCGGCAGAGUGUGGAGGCCGAUAUCAACGGUCUGCGCAGAGUCCUGGAUGAGCUGACCCUGACCAGGGGAGAUCUGGAGUUGCAGAUUGAAAGCCUGAAUGAGGAACUGGCUUAUCUCAAGAAGAAUCAUGAGGAGGAGCUUCAGGGCAUCCAAAGCAGUGAAAUGGGCCAAGUCAGCGUGGAAAUGGACGCUGCUCCAGGGACUGACCUGACCAAGCUUCUGAAUGACAUGAGGGGACAAUACGAAGUCAUCGCUGAGCAAAACCGUAAAGAGGCCGAGGCGUGGUUCAAUGAAAAGAGCGGGGAGCUGAAAAGGGAGAUCUCCACCAAUACUGAGCAGCUCCAGUCGGGAAAGAGCGAGAUCACGGAUUUAAAACGGACCCUGCAGAGCCUGGAAAUAGAGCUGCAGUCUCAGCUAGCCAUGAAAAAAUCCCUGGAAGACACCCUGGCAGAGACAGAAGGCGGUUACUGCACUCAGCUGUCGCAGAUGCAGCUGCAGAUUGGGAACCUGGAGUCCCAGCUCUUCCAGGUCAGGGCUGACAUGGAGCGCCAGAACGCCGAGUACCAGCAGCUCCUGGACAUCAAGAGUCGCCUGGAGAUGGAGAUUGAAACCUACCGGCGCCUGCUGGAUGGAGAGUUCGUGUAAGGGGGCCGAUUAUUUUCUGUAGCAAAAUCCCCUCCGGACCCAACCAAAACCAGAAAGAUCAAGACAAUUGUCGAAGAAGUGGUAGAUGGAAAAGUUGUCGCAUCCCAUGUUAAGGAAGUUGAAGAGAAGAUAUGA